GGGCUGGGGAAGCCUAGGUGAGCUGAGGGGCGGCUCUGGGAAAGUCCUAGGGGUGGGGGCAGUCUCCACAGCCUCCACAAGGGAGUUACCACCUUCCCCCACCUCUGGGUACAAGUCUCCUGCUCUGGCUGUAUUCCACAGUUAGAACUUCAUACCUUUGGCUUAGAGCUGAAUUUUCUGUUACCGUGUGGAUGCUCCAGGUGGAGGGGCCCACUCCUGCUUAAAAACACCAUGCAUGCAGACUGCUGCUGGGAAUGUGACAGUUGGCUGUUGGAGAGAAGGGGGCACUGGCAUUGAGAGACCUCCAGACUGGACAUGGCCCUGAGUCCAGGGGCUAACCUGGUCUUCCAUGAAGACCCAAAGAUGACACCAAGUCUCCCCUCCUGUGGGGCCCUGGGAAUAGGGUCUGGUACCAUCCCUCAGCCCCACCCAGACAUGGCUCAUGUGCCUAUGUUGAAUCUGCUCCCAAGUCCUGGCUUGGCUCUUGUUCCAGAUCUUAAUGCUUCUCCGAGUCCAGUCUCAGGGGAGGCCUCAGGCCUGGUGUCUGAAAACACCCCCAGACCUGAUGACAGCAGGGCCAUCGCUCCAGCCUCCCUCCAGAUCACCAGUUCUUGUUCUGGUGAAGCCCUGGACCUGGAUUCCAAGGAUGUCUCAAGGCUUGACUCACAAGGGCACCUCUGUCCAGCCUCAAACCCCAUUCUGAGCCCUAGCUCUACUGAGGCCCCUGGUCUGAGCUCCGGGAACCACCCUCAGUCAAAUUCUGAAGAUGCCUUCAAGUGCCUCUCAAGUAAGAUUUUCGAGUUGGGUCAGAGAAACUCCAACCCUUCUAGGCAUGAAUUAAACCCAUUUAUAAGGCACCAUUCCAGAGAAGGUCUGGUUCUGGGCCACUGCAUCUCUAGGCCAAGCUCAAAAGCACUCCUUAUUCCAGCCUCAAACUCUUCUCUGGACCUUGACUCCAAUCCGUUGCUCAACAUGGGCUCAAGAAACACCUCCAAGCUGAACCUGAAUGGAGCUCCAGAUUCUCGUGGGACCCUAAUCCCAGACACAAACAAGGCCUUCACUUUGGCUUCACAUAACAUCUCUGGGUCUGUUUCAAAAGGAGCCUUUAGUACUACCUGGAGCACAAGUUCAAAGGAAACCAUGAAUGUGGCUUCCAACGACCACCCCAGAUCUGAUUUGAAUGUGACUAUCACUCAAGCCUCGUAUAUGACCCUGAUCCCUGGCUCCAGCGAUGGUAUCAGCCUGCACUCCAGCACCCAUGGGCCCAACUCCACCAUCUCUCCACCCUCAUGCAUGACUCUAAUCCUGGGUUCCAAUGAGACUCUGAGCCUGGACUCCAGCCUCCUGUUUAGUGACACCUCCACCUUGACACUGAGCAGUCAGCAGGAUGAUGCCAAGGACAACAGCAUCCACACUGUGGCCCUGGAGGAGAAUCUGGAGAGUUGGAGUGAGAUGGCCAGCAUUAAGAUGGGCCAGUUCCCGCUGGGAUUCCUCACCUCCAACUCCGCAGGCAAGGACGCCGUGACCUUGCAAGGCAUCCCUAAGGGAGCCUUUGAUGAAAUGACCUCAUGCCUGGUGAAGGUGCCAGAGAAGACAGAAGGUGGCAACAACAUGGCUCUGGUUGAGAAUGUCACCACCCUUCAGAAGAGCCAGGAUCUGCUGGAGGCAGAAGGAGAAAAGAAGACCAUGAUAAAGAAGAUUAUGAGGCAGAUCCAGGAGGAGCCACUGGAUUCUCUCUCAAGCUCCGUCCGCAAGCAGGCCAUGGAGAUGCUGACCCAGCUGAGCCACACCCAGCCCACCCUGGGCAUGCGGGAGAGGUCGGAGCUGGUGAACAUGUGUGUGCAGAGCGUGUUCUCCCUGCCCUCCGUGCAGGCGAUGCAGGAGAAGGACGAGGCCAAGGCUGAGACCAUCCAGGGGUUGCCUGGAGCUGAUGUCCAUUCCAGAGGUGGCUUAGUGGCUUGGUCCUCCUCCCAUCCACAGACUCUUUACCAUCAGACCCUGGAGGCCCUGCAGACACUGCUCAAAGCCCUCUUUAUCGAGGACCCCACUCUUGCUGGGCUGAAGAGCAUCUUGGAGGCCCUGGGGCCUUGGAUGAACUCUGGGAAGGCCCAUGAGCGAGCACGGGCUGUGAACAGCAAUGUCUCUGUGUUGAACCACAUGCUUCUAACUCUGCCUUUCUUUAUGCCCUUGGGGUUCCCGGCGCUGGGGCUUCUGCUGGGGAGACUCAUCCUUCGCAUUGGGGAUCCUGAUGAGGAGAUUGGCUGUGAGGCUCUGGACGGCAUCAUCAUCCUCUACACUAUCCUGGAGCUCCAAAAACGAGCCAGAGAUAAGGAAGAGACCAACAAGAAGGAGCUAUAUGAGAGCAACAAGCAUUUCCUGGGGCCCUACAAUCCUGUGAGCCCGUGCCAGAACAUCCUGCGGGUGAUCGCGGAAUUUGGAGACUUCCUGGGGCCCCAGCAGAUAAAGUACCUGCUGCUGGCAGCCCUGGAAGGGCUGAAAGGCAGCUCAGAGACUCCAGGGAAGGACUCCAGGGAGAUGAUGCAGCUGGCCUCGGAGGUCAUACUCAGCUCGGUGCUGGAGUGGUACCGCCACAGGGCGCUGGAGGUGAUCCCAGAAAUCAUGCAGGGCAUCUACACGCAGCUGAGCCAUAUCCAGGAGCCUCGGGCCCGCCAGGUGGCCCUGCUGCCCGUCUCCCUCCUGGCCAGCUCCUUCAUGACCGAGGUCGUGGUGGCCCUGCUCAUGUGCCCCCUCCCACUGAACAGGCAAAAGAAGGAAAUGAUCCCUGCAAUCCCACCCCAGGCUGGAGUGCACUGCUGGCACGAUCUCGGUUCACUGCAGCCUCUGCCUCCCAGGUUGAAGCGAUUCUCCUGCCUCAGCCUCCUGAGUAGCUGUGAUUACAGCAAUGGAGCAGAGAUGUGGAGGCAGCUGAUACUGUGUAAGCCCAGUUGUGAUGUCCGAGACCUCCUGGAUCUGCUCCUGGGCAGCCUGAAGGAGAAGCCCGUCACCAAGGAGGGCCGGGCUUCCAUCAUGCCCCUGGCGGCAGCCAGCGGCCUGUGCGAGCUCCUGUCCGUCAACAGCUGCAUGGGCCGUGUGAGGCGCAUCUACCCCCAGCUGCUCCUGGCCCUGCUCAUUCAGGUCCAUUACCACAUUGGCCUCAACCUGCCUGGCUGCGUGGCUCCUCCCAAGGACACCAAGAAGGGUGCACAGCCCUCUCCCUUCGUACCUGUGCGCUGGAUGGUGAAAGUGGUGAAAACCCUGCUACUGAGGAUGGGCUGCUCUUAUGAGACCACCUUUCUGGAGGACCAGGGUGGCUGGGAGCUCAUGGAGCAGGUGGAGAGCCACCACCGUGGAGUGGCCCUGCUGGCAAGGGCCAUGGUGCAGUACUCCUGCCAGGAGCUGUGCCGCAUCCUCUACCUGCUCAUCCCGCUCCUGGAGCGAGGCGACGAGAAGCACAGGAUCACGGCCACCGCCUUCUUCGUGGAGCUCCUCCAGAUGGAGCAGGUGCGCCGGAUCCCUGAGGAAUACUCUCUGGGGCGGAUGGCAGAAGGCCUGAGCCACCACGACCCCAUCAUGAAGGUGCUGUCCAUUCGAGGCCUGGUCAUCCUGGCCCGCAGGUCUGAGAAGACCGCCAAGGUGAAGGCCCUCCUGCCCUCCAUGGUGAAGGCCCUGAAGAACAUGGAUGGGAUGCUGGUGGUGGAAGCGGUCCACAACCUCAAGGCUGUCUUCAAGGGGCGGGACCGGAAGCUGAUGGACAGUGCGGUCUAUGUGGAGAUGCUGCAGAUCCUGCUACCACACUUCAGCGACGCACGAGAGGACGUGCGCUCCUCCUGCAUCAACCUGUAUGGGAAGGUGGUCCAGAAGCUUCGGGCACCACGCACUCAGGCCAUGGAGGAGCAGCUGGUCAGCACCUUGGUGCCCCUACUGCUGACCAUGCAGGAGGGCAACGCCAAGGUAAGCCAGAAAUGUGUGAAGACUCUGUUACGCUGUUCUUACUUCAUGGCUUGGGAGUUGCCAAAAAGAGCUUAUAGCCGGAAGCCCUGGGACAACCAGCAGCAGACAGUGGCCAAAAUUUGCAAGUGCCUUGUGAACACCCACCAAGACAGUGCCUUCAUAUUCCUCAGCCAGAGCCUGGAGUAUGCAAAGAACUCACGGGCCUCCCUCCGGAAGUGCUCAGUCAUGUUCAUAGGGUCCCUGGUCCCCUGCAUGGAGAGCAUAAUGACAGAAGAUCGUCUGAAUGAAGUGAAAGCUGCUCUGGAUAACUUGAGACAUGACCCAGAAGCAUCAGUGUGCAUCUACGCAGCCCAGGUCCAGGACCACAUCCUGGCCAACUGCUGGCAGAACUCCUGGCUGCCGCACGGGGACUCAUGGGUGUGUUACUCGGCCACCACGCACCGCUGGAGCCCCAGCUGUGAGAACCUGCCCACUUCCCACCAGCGGCGCUCCUGGAUCAUGCAGGCACUGGGCUCCUGGAAGAUGUCCUUGAAGCAGUGACGUCCCUGAGCCCCCAACCCUCCUCAGGGUGGUUGAGCUCCAGCCAUGCUCCCUAUAAAUGUCAUGUGGCUUACCUCUC